AUGAUGAAUCAUUUAAAUGCAAACAAUUCGAAUAGUCAUCGGUGGGGAAAUACGGAAGAUAUUCCUCAACUAAGUACACCUGUAACUCCACGGAAAAGAGUCGAUGAUGACAAAGAACGUUUGAAGUUUACCGAAGGAUCGACAUGCGGUUGUGAACAAUGGUGUAAGGAACACAAUUCAUCAUUUGGAGUAUGUGCUGAUGGUCAUUCAUGUGUCUGCCGCGAUGAAUUUAUUCCAUAUGAUUCUAUCGGCGAUGCAUGUACUUGCGAUCAGUGGUGUCGAACAUACGCUCAUAAAAGCGGUGGAAUUUGUGGCGAUGGAUACACUUGUAUCUGUUCAUGA